AUGACCCUGAGCGCGGGCAUGUCCGACGCCUCGGGCCUCGCCGAGGAGACCGACAUCGACGUGGUGGGGGAGGGCGAGGACGACGACGACGACGACGACGACGAGGGGGGCGGCGGCCCGCGGCUGGCGGGGCCCGCGCGGCGGCGGCGGCGGCGCUCGUACGCCGGCGAGGACGAGCUGGAGGACCUGGAGGACGACGACGACGACGAUGAGCUCCUGCUCGCGCCGCCGCCCGGGGGCUCCCCGGCGCCCCCCGGCCCCGCCGCCGCCGCCCACGGGCCCGGCGCGGGCGGUGCGGGCGCGGGCGGCGCGGGCGCGGGCGGCGGCGCCAAGAACCCGCUGGUGAAGCCGCCCUACUCGUACAUCGCGCUCAUCACCAUGGCCAUCCUGCAGAGCCCCAAGAAGCGGCUCACGCUCAGCGAGAUCUGCGAGUUCAUCAGCGGCCGCUUCGCCUACUACCGCGAGAAGUUCCCCGCCUGGCAGAACAGCAUCCGCCACAACCUCUCGCUCAACGACUGCUUCGUCAAGAUCCCCCGCGAGCCCGGCAACCCCGGCAAGGGCAACUACUGGACGCUGGACCCCGAGUCCGCCGACAUGUUCGACAACGGCAGCUUCCUGCGGCGGAGGAAGCGCUUCAAGCGGCAGCCGCUGCUCCCGCCCAACGCCGCCGCCGAGUCGCUGCUGCUGCGCGGGGCCGCGGGGGGCGCGGGGGGCGCGGGCGACCCGGCCGCCGCCGCCGCCGCUGCCGCCGCCGCCGCCGCCGCCGCGCUGUUCCCGCCCGCGCCGCCGCCGCCGCCGCCCGCCUACGGCUACGGCGCCUACGGCUGCGGCUACGGCCUGCAGCUGCCGCCCUACGCGCCGCCCUCCGCGCUCUUCGCCGCCGCCGCCGCCGCCGCCGCGGCCGCCGCCUUCCACCCGCACGCCGCCGCCGCCGCCGCCGCCGCCGCCCCGCCCCCGCCGCCCCCGCCGCACGGCGCGGCCGCCGAGCUGGCCCGGACCGCCUUCGGCUACCGGCCGCACCCGCUCGGCGCCGCCCUGCCCGGCCCGCUGCCGGCCUCCGCGGCCAAGGCGGGCGGCCCCGGCGCGGCGGCCCUGGCGCGCUCGCCCUUCUCCAUCGAGAGCAUCAUCGGGGGCAGCCUGGGCCCCGCCGCCGCCGCCGCCGCCACCGCCGCCGCGCAGGCCGCGCCCGCCCCGGGGCCCGCGGGAGGCGGCUGCGCGGCCCAGGCCACCCGCGGCCCCGCCGCCGCGCUCACCCGCUCGCUCGUGGCCGCCGCGGCCGCCGCCGCCUCCUCCGUGUCCUCGUCGGCCGCGCUGGGGACCCUGCGCCCGGGGGCCGCCCUGUCCGCGGGCGACAGCCUAGCCGCCGGGAUCCCCAACUUUCGUUACCUCCUUCGGCCAUGGGUGCAGCCGCGUUUUCCCAACGUCAAGCCCCGAAAUGAAGCGGGAGCGGGUGCUCUGUCCUCCGUGGCGCCGCGUCUGGGAGGGGGCGAGGGGCCGCGGUCGCGCUGCCGGGGCCGCGCGUCGGGGCGCCGCGGCCUGGUCCCCGGUCGCCGACAGCUGGGGCGCCGGGCGCCACCCGCGCGGGCCAAGCGCUCAGCUGCCAGACCAUCGCCGCCAGCAGUCCCGCGACCCGCGGGCCCCGGGAAGCGACGCUGA